AUGCCUGAUUCAGACAAGCCACGCGAGGCUUCGCACCCUCCACAGGAAAAUUCAGUGCCCAUGCUUGACGCCAUUGAUCACUUGCACUCUCUUGGUGUCGGCAGGUUUGUUCACCUACCGCAGCUUGUGGUUGGCUGUGUCAACACUCCUGCCAAGUAUGCCGUUAUCGAGGCUAUUUCGGGAAUGGGCUAUCCCCCGCUGAGUGAGGACGACCCUUGCUUCAUCACAAAGAUCAUCUUACGCCGCCAGCCCACAUCCAGCAUAUGUGUAACCGUCGAGCAUGCAUGGUGGAGCGACGGUGACAAGAAAUCCCACGAGGCUAAAACCUUUGCGUCGCUUGUUGAAGACAACUUGGAAGAAUCGGGUUCCCUCAUCAAACGGGCCAUCGAUUCCAUAGGAUCGACUUGCAAGCCUGCCUCGUUCAGUGAGAAGAUCCUCAUAGUGGAAGCCUGUGGGCCAGAGCAGCCUGAUCUGACGCUCAUCGAUAUCCCGCACAUGUCUGCUAGAGCCUCAGACAAAGAUCCAGAACGAGCCUUUGCGCAUCGUAUCCUGGAUGAAUAUCUUUUAAAUCCGCGCAACAUAUUCUUGGCUGGACUUUCACCCAAGGAUGACGAUUCGUUGGAAAGUGUAUUGAGUUUUGUCAACAGUCUUGAUCAACAAAAGCAGACUGUUGCCAUCUUCAUGCAUCUUGAUACAAUCGAACCAGAUUCGGUAAAAGAAAAAUACUGGCGGAGGGUUGUGGAAAAAGAAGCACCCACGUCCUUCAUGGAAUUCCACGCUUUGGGUACACAGGUGUCAGGCGAUAAAAGUGAUUCGCAGGUGUUGCUCGACCCCAAAAGCCCGGACGACCUACGGCGUCGAAUCACGACUCUACUGUCGACACAAAUCCGCAGCAGCCUCCCUGGUCUGUGUGUCGAUAUCGAGAGAUCUAUCGAAAACCUCCAGUCGAGACUGACCAAGCUGAACAAUCCCCCGGAGACUGUCCAGCAGCAGAAGGAGUUGCUGUUCCAUCUGAGCAGUGCCUUUGAGCGCAUUACUGAACAGGCUUUGAAUGGCAUGUACACUGACAGCUUCUUUACCACCUCACUGAAUGAUGAUCACUCGAACACUCGCGAUCCCCGACGUCUUCGGUGCGUUAUCCGCGCGUUGAACGAGGAUUUUGCAGAUAUCAUGGAGACUGCUGGUUGUCGUCGAUUCAUUGAUGGCGUGAAUACUAGGACAUACCUACUCCCGCAACCCGACAAUCCUUAUGUGAAUAUUCGAGCAACGGAGCACACCACGCGCUCGGAAUUCGAACGUGAGGUCUCUUUACAGUUACGCCAAGAGCGAGGGCUCGAACUUCCAGGAAAUUACAGCCAGCUGCUGGUGGGCAAUCUGUUCCGGGAUCAAGCCAAGCCGUGGGAACUGAUUGCUCGUGCCCACCUGAUGGAAUCAUGGAGAUGCACCCAAGAAUUUGUGAAAGUUCUGCUGGAGCACCUUACAAAUGAGCCAACGGCUGCUUGGUUGAUACGUGAUAUCUUCAACCCGCAACUUAAGGCUUUGAAAAAGAACCUGCUGGCAAAGUUGGAAGAAUUGACCGCUUACCACAAGCGAGGCCAUCCAUUGCCUCUUGGUCGAGACUUCCUUGUCAAAGUACGGAAAAGCAGAGAUGACAAUUUGCUAGCCAGACUCCAGGGGGCCCUUCCUACAAAUGUGUUCCAGUCCGUCAGUAUGGCAGAUCUCAAGUCUGCUAUUGAGAAAUUGCACAUAUUAAGCCCCGACCCCACGGUUUCGGAAAUCGUUGACAUGAUGCAAGUUUAUUACAACGACGCGCUUUCGGUUUUCAGGGACAAUGUUGCCAUUCUCGGCAUUGAGAAUUGCCUUCUCAGCCCUCUGACUGGCAUCUUGACAACUCGUACAAUCAGCAAGAUGCAGGACAGCCAAAUUGAGAAGAUCUUCGCUAAGGUCUCGGAGACGAAUCACUACAUGACCCACGGAUUGAAUAAGUUGUGGGUAGCAGCGCAAAGUCUGAAGAAGUUUGAUACCACAAAGGAAAGCAAGGUAAGCACCGAGGAUACACACCCAAGGAGGCUCCAUCAUGCUCACUAUCGAAAGUCCGCGCCUUCUGCCAAUCCCACCAACAUGCCCCUAGGCUCUUUCAGUACCAAUGUCAACAACCCCUUCAAGGUCGGAUUCGCAAGUGCUCCAUCUGGAAGCCAGAAGGGCACAGGUGAGUCGGCAUUCUCACUGGCGAAUACAUCGAAGCUCGCCCAGCAGAACCCAUUCACAAACCCAAGUCCGUUCGAGUUCAAGCCGGGCACAGCCAGCAGUAGCAGUGCCUUCGGUGGUUGGCGAUCCUCGUCGAAAAAACCGCUCAAACGAGACUCCAGCGCAUUGGUUACGCCUGCAGUUAAUCCUCCCACUUCGUCAGUUUCCACGCUGAACUCGCCCUCGCCAUGGCCCUUGCCGGAUAUUAUCCCUCAGGACAAUCUAGAGCCAAUUUCUUACUUCAAUGAGAUAGACACCACUCCCAGAAGUUCCAACACUCCUAUGACCAAUCGAUUUAUGUCGAUUACUUUCGCCGCCGCGGCUUGCCGGUACUCAUUUGAGGAGUUACGAGUGGCGCAUUAUGAGAAUGUGCGUAACUUGGGCGAUGAGUUGUGA